UUGCACAAACGAUAAAAGCAAUGUUGGAAGUGGCAGGUAGACCGAACUAGUCUCGCCAGAAACAGCAUUAGGGAUUGAGUGUAGUGCUGCAGAGUGAUCCGAUUGAUUUCGGCGAAUUCGUUUGCCCUUGGCGGUUGGUACCAGCGUGAAAUACCCCGAAGCAAGACCGAUAAAUAAAUGCGGGUUAUGGCCGCGGUAAUAGCACCUGCAGCAGGAGCGGGAAUGGCAAAACAAUAUUAACAUUGUUCGUAAAUGGCCCACAACCCGUGUCGAGUUGAAGUCUUAGCCGUUGUCUUCAGUACGGUCCGUCUGACUGAAGCGCCAUCGUGAUGUACCGGGCGCGAGUAUUAGCACUGCCGCCUCACCACCGCUUUCAUAGUUCACACUGCUAUACGUAUAGCUGGCCGCCGUCUUGCCGAAUUCACGCCUGCUCGCGUUUAGUAUCCCGCCGAACUGGUGCUGCCGCCGCGAUCACUUUUGGGACCCCAAUCACGGCAGCAUUUUGUGUUUACUUACUAUUUCCCCGUCUAGGGUGUGAAUAAGUGGUUUCAGUGGUGGGGACGGAACCUGCAGAAGUGUGCGCUCGAGUGUGCCAGGCAGUCAGAGCGGUGAAGGAGUAACGGAACAGAAAGGCAGGCGCGAGCAAUUUGCCGAUAUUCGGAUAGGCCUAACUUGCCAUUGGAAUGAGUAUGGACCCAAGCUGUGUGGUGGACAAAGGUACAUUGACGACUGCGACAUCUUGUAACACAUUUGUAUAAACUGUUUUGUGCAUUGCACUUGUUAGCGUGUAGAAACAUCACCGUUUCUGGAAGCGUUCUAGUUCGACGCACCGACCAACGCGUUGCAGAUCGCGUCUGGUUAGAGUGAUUUACCAAUCGCUUUGCUUUUGCUACCGAAGCCGUCAUCGUUGCGCCUUCCAGCUGCGCUGAUAUUGUGAGAUAGAGGCCGCAACUCCGAUCAGGAUAGGAUCAAGACUUAGUUAGUAAUCGCAAAAAAGUAAUUAUUGUUGCGUUGAUAAUUGCCCCUUCGAUCUUGUCGAGCUUUCUUUGUUAAAUCGGGGAAAAAUCGUCGCGACUGUCGUUAAAAAAAGGACCACGACUAGGACGAAAAACGCGAGUAGGUCCCUACGGAUUACCCGUAUCAGCAUCGUGAUCGCCUCAAUAUCCUCGCGUUGUGUGUGGUCUUUGUUCCUUUAAAAAGACCAACGUUUACUUUGACGAAGCCGAACUUGACAAGUUGGGAAACAAAUACGACAAGUGCCAAGCAGAGGAGCGUCUCAGGCAUCUUCAGGCAAUGCCCGUCGUCUACGUAGAGAUCGGCGGCGAACGGCGGCGCCGCGAUCCGCCACUAACGCGUUUAUGAAUUCGUGUUGCGGCCGAGGCUGGCCGUUAAUGUCCGGCUUCGCUGGCGCCCACGACCCUGGGGCAGUUGUGAAAACAAUAACAACGUACGCGUUAUUCGUUAAUACGACUGUCGUGCCGUUAAUCAAAGAGAAGGAUAUUGAUAAGCACGCUGCCGCAUUUCGCUUGUCUGAUAAAUUGUAUAGCUAUAGUAGAUUUCUAGUUGAUCUCACAUUCAUCUGCCUCAUUGACCCACUUCACUAUCCGGUUGAGUGACUGCCGAUUGAAGAAUGAUCGACGCAAAUUUGAUGCAUGACCCCUGUCUGUUCAUCAGUUAUUUUCGGAAAUGAAAAGACUCAUGUUUGUAUUAAGCGGCCAAGUGAAAUGUGUGUACACAAACGAUAGCGAUUAGGUCAGCAAAGGAAGCAACCUUUGCCAUGAUCACCUCUACAACCUCGAUCAUUCGUGGUCAUCGCCAAUGUCCUACCAUCAGCUCAUCAGAUAUUGGCAGCUCCCUCAUGUGCAACUUCCUCUGAAUGACGGUCGCAGGUUGUCGUCGCAUUAAACAACGCUAGCGUGAUCAGUGGCUCGCUCACCGCAGCCGGCGUCAAUAUCGUCAGCCAGCACUACCUGUGGUAAUUCGGCACUCUGAUAACGCUUACUCAGAUCGCUUAACGACAUGAUGCCUCCGAUGCAAUCGAGUCGCUGUUUAUCCGCUGCAAAAGACAACUCCUGCCGCUUUGAUUGCUGCUAUAUCUGCCGCUGUCAGGCGUGCAGAUUAUGCAGUGAGUUUAGUGGUGGCAGUGCCGCUGUAGGCCGUUCAGGUCACAUAUAGCUUGCGAAGGGAGCCUGCGGGCCUAAAUGUAUCUAUACAACUCAGUACAUACAAUGUUAUGUUAUUACUGUUAUAGUUAUUAGUAUUAUCAGUGAUUGUCUGAUCUGAAGGAGAAAAACAGAGAAAGAAAUAGGUUAGAACUAUUUCUCCUGUUAAUCAACGAUAGCGGGAAAGGAAGAGGAAGAACUAUGUCGAAGUAACCGACGACGAAUAGAUUGAGCGACAGGUCUACCGGCAUAAAGUGGAUCGGCCGAGAUUUGACAGCAACGAGCCGAUUGAAGUCAAGCAUAGCGUCAGUUAGUGGCGUAGCGUGGUCUGCCGAUACGUGAACACGUAUCGAAUCGACUCAGCGUCCAUCUGUCAGCUGGCCGACCAUUUAAUUCACCUGCUACAACCGUGCGUUGCAGGCUAACGAGAGUAAUAAAAGCGUCACUCUGUGUAAUCUACGAUAGUAACAACUCUAGUUUCUAACUACAUUGUUACUUAAACGGCGAUAGCUCUGUACAAUGUUACUGUUACUACUAUUUCUAUGACAACCGUCGGUGCUAGCACAACAACAACAACAACUACUAUAGAUCCUCUGUACUAUUCGAUUGUACCAUGCCAUUCCCUCACAAACUUGUGGACAUCGCCAUUAUAUUCUACUGUUUCGGCCGCUGCUGUAUCAGCCACGAAGCGCAAUUCAGCAAAACGCCCUGCAGCAGGGCCGCUUUGGCCUCGUAGCGUACCUGCUGCGUCAGAUGGAAUUCGGGGUGAAGAGUUAGCUUAACAGAAAACAGGCCAACGCAUUCUUAGCUUGCUGUUCUCGUCGUCAGUUUCCUAUUUAGUGGCUGCGUGCGUGUACACAGCCAACAGCAGUCUGGUGUGGCAGCUCUCGACUGCGGCCAAUUGUUGCCCAGUUAGUGGUGACAGUGAACCACAGUCGCUUGUGUCUGAGCGAACUGAGUUCAGGGGGGGGCUGUUCAGCGCGAGACAUAUAACAAGUCCAUGAACUAUCAUCGUUCAUCGUAGCUUGAUUAUUGGUGUUGUGAAUUAGGCAAGGCUCAGAGUAGCUGAAAGAGAAAAAGCGAGGAGCUUGUGGCCCGAGUAGUUUGUAACGUUCGACGUUUUCGCAGCGCGGCCGAAACGCCGACAAGGUGAAGGAGUUUGGCUCGCUGGCGACGUCGGGCUGGGGCUCGUUCCAGCGGCCGCCGCGCGCCAAACCCACGUGCUGCCAGAAUUUUCGUACCGGCCCGGGACGACCCCAGCCCGUUGCAGUUGCCCAAGAAACGGGCAGCAGUCACCCCGCAAUGGCGUAUCGUCGCAAAACUGAUCCGGCGGGACAGGAAAACCCGAAUCAAAUCGUCUGCAGAAAGAUGGAGAAAUUAUUGGCAUCGAUGCAGGACGAACAGAGUGGGGUGCCCGUUCGAACAGUGAAAAAGUUUUUAACAAAAAUCCCGAGCGUUUUCACCGGCUGUGAUGUCGUGCAGUGGGUAUUGCGCAACCUCGACGUUGAUGACACGCAAGAAGCACUUCAUCUGGCUCACCUGAUCGCCUCAUACGGCUAUUUAUUCCCGAUUGAUGAUCAUGUAUUGACUGUCAAGGCAGACCAGACUUAUUACCGCUUCCAAACACCCUAUUUUUGGCCAUCAAAAUGUUGGGAACCUGAAAACAACGAUUACGCUGUGUACCUCUGUAAGCGAACGAUGCAGAAUAAGACUCGACUGGAGCUCGCUGACUACGAAGCAGAAAAUCUCGCCAGACUACAGAAGAUGUUUUCCCGUAAGUGGGAGUUCAUCUUUAUGCGUGCCGAGGCUCAGGCUAAGGUCGAUAAGAAACGUGACAAGAUCGAACGAAAAGUGCUCGACAGUCAGGAAAGGGCAUUUUGGGACGUCCAUCGGCCCGUGCCGGGCUGCGUAAAUACGACGGAAGUGGACAUUAAGAAGGCGUGUCGCAUGAAUAAGCCAAAGGCUACCGGAAGUAGUAGCGGGGGAAGUACGACUGGGACAAAAGAGCACUCGGCACAAACGGACCUUCUUGCCUCACAUCCCUUGGAAAGCCUGCGAGCUGAGGCUGACGCCCUACGAGCCCGAUUGGACAGGGUUAAUGUGAAGACAUCAAAGGUUGCUGAAUCAUAUAUGAGCUACUUCGAACAGUAUGCCGAAUAUGACGCGUUCGUGACGCCAGCCGAGCCGUCCAACCCCUGGAUAUCAGACUCGACCGAAAUGUGGGAGGCGGAGAAACAAAAUAAGGAAAUCGCACCACGUCGCGUUCGGCGGUGGGCAUUUUCGUUGAAUGAACUUCUACGGGAUCCGGCCGGUAAAGAACAGUUCUUCCAAUUUCUUGAAAAGGAAUUUUCGGCCGAAAAUCUCAAGUUUUGGGAAGCAGUCCAGGAACUUCGGCGGCAAGUACAUUCGAAGGAAGUGGCAACUACUGUCCAGGAGAUCUGGAAUGAAUAUCUUGCGUCGGACGCAAAUUGUCCGAUCAACAUCGACUCGAGAAGCUUCGAGCAUACCCGUCGCAACAUAGAAGGAAAGAAUGGAGAUCGCUGGGCGUUCGAAGAAGCUGCGGCACAUGUAUAUCAGUUAAUGAAGAAUGAUAGCUAUCCAAGAUACCUUCGGUCAGCCAUGUACAAGGAGUUUUUGAACGGCACAAAAAAGAAGCAAACUCGGCUGUUCAUCCCCAAGCUGCCAAGUCUCAGCAUAGGUUCUUCGUAAAAUAAGGCUACCCCGAAGGAAGAUCGAGUAUACAUUCCUUAGACUUCGAACAAAUUCUUCUAAGCACAACUAACUAUCAAUCGUCGGCAUGGCAACGUUUACAUGUACGAGAAGAGUCCGUCGAGCUUCAAAGUAACGACAGCGGACACUAUGGACACGUUGAGCAGAACAGAAGUAACUGCCUAAGUAAGAACGAAAAGGUCAGCUACGAGCAGAAAAAAGGACAAGUCCUAUACAAGGCGGGCAUGCCAUCGAGGGAUAUAGCACACGCUUAGAUACUGAAUAGAGCAAGGGUCACGUAGGUGACAGAGAAAGAUACAUAGUAUGAUAGCACUAAGUGGUUACAACAUUUUAGGCAUUCACUCAGCAAAACAGUGGGAUAUCAUAAAAGAAUACAUGUUUCUGAUCGGAACGAUGUGUUCUUGCAUCUGACUCUUUUGCAAUUACGCAACACGGCUGACAGAUAACACGUCUGAUAGUUGGUCUGAGACCUGAAACCAGCGACAUGAUUCGAUUGAAGACGACAUAGGCGACCAUCACAACAACACUGGCUAUUGCAGCGACAAACAGACGCAUUGUUUGUUGUUCUUUCCGUUGAGACUAGCGUUAUAUUUAUCAACUGCAUUUCCGGCAGAAAACACAGCAGGCAAAUAUCAAAGUACGUAAUCGCCUUGUAGAAAAAAAAACAACACAUAGGAAGCGACGAAACAAGCAGACCUUCUGAGAUUUCGGAAAAAAGAUAGACCACAAAAUAGCAAACAGGUAACGGGGCAUAGGCCACAAAUUAGGCCACAACAGAAAGAAAACGCAUGAAACUGCCGGACGGGUCGGACAGUGCUAGGCUGUUGGUUUACUGCGAACAUUUAUUGCCCAUGUAAAUAGAUACGCACUGGCGUUAAGUCAGCACUGAAUAGUAUAUGAUCAGAUAUCGUUGUGUCAGCACAGAUCAGAUCAUUCGUAACAUGCUUUUGAUGUAUAUAUGACAGUUUAUUGCUAGAUGGCCAAGUAAGCAGGAGAGCGACCGUCCCGCCUUGAGCGUCUCCUGUCGUAAUUGAAAGAUAAGAGGACAAAAUAUGGGGCGAUACGGCGAACGUCGAACCUGUACCGCUUUACUUUUCGUAUGUUUGGGCUGUGCAUUGUAGGGCAGAUAUGCAAUUUACGAAGGAUUUAAAUUUACCUAAUCUGAGUAAAUCCGAAGAUCGCUAACUGCACAAACGCAUCUAAUAUAUAAUUAUGUUCGAGAGAGGCAAAUGAGGCUCCCUACUCGUCAUAAUGCCACGUAAUGUUCGAGCCAUUCAAGAGAGCGUCAUGGAAGACAAGAGCAAAUGUCACCGUAGAAUCACCAGCUAAGUCGUGCGACGAAAGGGUGCCACGCAAGGAGCAAUUACAGGGUUAUCGGCCACUGAUGGUAUUUACAGCCGCAAAAAAACAACUGACAGACCAUUUUGUGUUUCAGAUCAGUCAUCAAAUCAUUAUGUCUAUGUGUGGUGAAGCUACACGUGGUGUUUGAGUAUUGAACUUACUCAUAGCAGUAUAACUUUCUUUUUUCUUUAUUUUUUCGGCAAACAAACGCCGUAAUCUAAUAAUAUUAAUGAGCCUACGUGGUAAUAUUAUAAAUGCUUAGGUGUAUAAUGAAUCGACUGGUUAACCUUCGAUCUACAUGCGAUUGAUGUCCCAAUGUACUACAUCUGAAAGCAUGCUUCCUGCGACUCUACAGCCACGUGACCAGCACGUCAAGGGCGAUAAACUGAUAUGAUGGCCUUCAUGAAAAACGCUUACGGAUUGGAACGUUCUUCGCGCAGACCUGUAUCACUAACCAGUAGAAACACAUUUCAACAGGUGUUUGCUAUAUAUUGAACAGUGGAUUUAGUAUUAUACUUAAAGCAUUCAGGUGGGAAGGGGGGACUAGCUUUACUCCAUGUAUUCAAGCAAUUCUAAUUACUUGGUACGUUUUUCAAACGGUUCGAAGAUCAACCAAGAUUUUUUUAUCCGAUUUUAUUGCGAGUUGAGUUACAUCUGUAAUGAAAUUCAGACUGGAGUCCUGACUUAGUCUUUAUAUCAGACUUACGCAUAUUAGACAAGCAUAUCGUUGGACGGCUCUCUGAGAAUAUGCCGCCGAUACAACUUUGGAGAUCAUGCCAGUGCUUUUUCGUGCAUCGAGCGGAGCAAAGUGACUAUCGUACGUAGCUGCUUCCUUUAACAUGCUCCAUAGGCAAAUAUGUCUGGCCAUUUUAUUUAAAUUAAAUAAACGUUGAAAAGCGUGCCGUUAAACACAGGGUUACCGUAGAUAUAUCUAUGACGAAUGACCUUAUCAAGCCGUCCCAAAGCGCUAUUUAAUGAAGGAUCAGAUCUGAUUCAAGAAGCAAGAAAGAGACAAUGGCGCAACCUCCGUUCACCAUACAGAGACCCGAUAUCGUUCAGUGUAACGGCGUACCACGUUCUAACAUUUACUCAAGUGAAUUGUAAUUUUUGUUUCGUUGGCAGUUUUAUUACAUAGACUUCUAUAAGAAGUAUUUAUUAUUAAUAACUUUCUGGGUGACUUCUUCCGCUAUUUGCCCCAACACAAAGAAUACUGCUGUUAACAAUUUUUUUGAGGGGUGGGGGGAGGGGGAGAGCUACAUUGUGACGGUUUGUCAGGCGUUGAAUAUAGAAAUAGAUGUGUCGGCGAAGAGUUGGCGAUCGUUAGAAGAAACGGUGCAGACAGCUAGGAAUGACGAAAAAGCCAAAGAAAUUUAUAGAAGAAACGUUGCAUUCUUUCAAGACUGAGUAUUCCCUGUCCAGUAUGCUGUCUGCUACUGGACCAUAGCUGCUACAUACCGCGCAAAUAGGUGGUCAUUAACAUCACAUGAAUGUCUUUUCGAACGACUAGAGGUAGUCGAAAUGUCUCGUCAAGCCAUAACAAUCAUGGCACAAACUACAAUCAAACUAUCACCGGUCGCCAUCACGAUGAUAGAGGAACAAAACAGAAAUUCGCCUGUUCUCUAUUGUACAACGAGCAGACGACCCGUUGGUUGUCACAGUGCAAAAGUCGCAUUGCAAACUACCAUAGCGGCCCAGAUGCGUAAAAUCUAACGCGGCUAAUUUUCCUAAUCUGAUGCUUCGGUCCAGCCCGAGGGAGACCUAAUCGUCAAGAGAUGUAUCUACAUGGUCUCGGUUAUGUCUGAACAACGACGACAAGGGGCAGCAACGAUUUGCAGUGGAUGAAGUCUUUGACGACGAUAAUAGGUGUUAUCUAAUCGAGCAUUGUUAGUAUAUGUUCGAGCCUGCGUUCGGUACAACUUAGUGUUUAAAUUCGAUGUGCAUGCGCUACGUGCCAGUUAUCACCAAGUUGCCCAGAAUAUAGGAAUAGAAUAAAGCGGUCUUCGCCAUUUAGAAGCGUAGUAGCUGCACGGAGAGUGGGUGGUCCGCUAAGCUUUGAAGCGUGAUGACAGGGUCAUGUGACGAUAAUGGCCAAACCCAGAUCGAACUUACCAUUUACCACAGAAUGGGUUGUUUUCGCUAACCCAGUAUAUCUUACUAACGUAUGUCAAUGGAUGUCAAGUACCUGCUUGGCUUUCUUGGUUUGCAUAUACCAUAUUUCUCUUAGUAUUACUAUUAUAAUUUAUAUACUUAACUGUAGAACACAAGGCAACAUCAAAAACAACUAUCCCACGGAAAAGAAAAGGGUAACUAGAUUUAGUAAUAAAAUGAAUAUGGCUGGCGAACUAGAUAGAGCCGUUCCGUAGAAAUAGUCGGUGAUUUAUACACACAGACACACGCAGAUACAUAUAUAUUGUAGAUUCAGAAAGGAGCAAAUGGGCCAGUGUUAGGCCAAGCUUGGGAAUACCUGAACUUGCAGUGUGCAAGUAGAUAAUAGCGUGUUUCAAUUUUACGUUGUCUCGGUGCAUAUGAACGUGGAAAAAUUCUAUAUGAGGUUAUAUAGUCUAAUAAGGACGAAGCAGGUCAUAUAUUCCUAUCGUUUUCUUCCCAAGCCUUCUUCUAAUCUCUACACUGGAUUUGAAGGCUUUGUCUGAAAUAGCUGUUGCCUUUUAGCAGGGGCCAGGUUUGCCUAUUCAGGCUUCAUCCUAUAAAAGCUUCUACUUAUAAACACGUUAAUUUUCGAGUAUCUAACGCAAAUCAGAGCGCUUGUGAGUUCGAAGCUUUUUCAGUUUAGGGAAAGAUGAGUUGGAGUGGAAAGCUACGUUGAAAAAAUAAUUUCUUGGAGCUUCGGUUGUCUAUUUGUGAUUCAGUUCAUAGACAGCUGAUAUACGUUUGAUGACAUAACAUGAAAGGCUGCAUGAGGUUCUCCAAAGGAAAGGCUUAACGGCGCCGCGGAACUAAGGGAGGAAGGACAAUCUAAGAUUGUCGUUUUAAUCGUUCGCUUACAGAUACGAUUAUCAUAACGUGUACAAGUAAUAGGAAAAAAAGGUCCCAUAAUGACACCUAGAUAAUAACAGUGCAUAUAUUGACGAUGGCAAUGUCGGCCAGCAUUAACGCUUGUCUACGGUCAUACGAUUAGCAAUUAUCAAGCGUCAGUGAGCCGACCACAGUACAUCUACGACAACUGAGACUUGAAGAAGUAGAUGAAAAGAUAGCAGCAAUUUUUCGGGCGGACGACAUUUGAAAACGAUCGAACAGGACGAACCUCGUAAGGCUCAUGGGAUAUCCCAUUUGCCCGGCCCCGGCCUAAACAAGGAGUAAGCAAGUGUAUGUCAGCUAAAAAUUACGCUUUACACAAGUAUGAAAGCGUCAAACACAAAGCUGUGCCCCGUGUAUGUAUUACGGGCGGUAACAUUGAGCACUAUGCGCAAAGCCAUGUGAUCAAGCGUAACUGAAUCAAUGUAUAUCUCUUGAUUGAAGGCAACAAACAUUUGCGACAAAAUAGCAGUGACGACGUUGUGGCCACUAGCUAAGCGUCGCGUAGGAGGGGCAGAGGUUGUUGCUUUCGCCACAAAAAAACUUAAUGCUAAAUUCUCCAGCAAGCCUAACAAACAACAAGCGACACCGCAACAACAUUUGCCUUAAUCUAAGUUCAGCUUCGUAUUGUAACACAAAUAAUGACGUCGUCGUUUUGUUACGUAAUAAUCAAUCGUUAGGCGCGGAAGCGAGCCGACGACUGAAGGCCACGACGACAACAACAAUAACACAACAGAUACAACAAAUAGACAGUGAGAGAGAGAGAGAGAGAGAGAGAGAGAGAGAGAGAGAGAGAGGUCGCGUGAAUUGUACUGAAAAAGAACUGAAGCAUUUUAGGUAAAGGGUAGCAUUUUGGUUAAGCGAGCGACCGGAGAAGCGAGUUAAGCGAGAGGCAGAAACGAAUGGCGUAAAUUUCAUUAGCUAUAACGUAAUACCAAUACUAACAAUGCAAGUAAUAACGAUAUUAACAAAAACAAUAAUCUGAAACCGCGAAGGCAGCGGGGUACAGCCAGAUUCACUACGUACACCCAGAUUGAUUCAAUCAGAAGCUCUGAGUAAAUGGAAGAGUGUGAUUAUGAUGAUAAUCGAGAAAAUAUGGUGUAAUAGAAUUUAAAAUCUAUAAGAAGAAUAUGAUGAUCGUAAUAAUGAAGAUAAUAUAAAUAGUGAUAAAUGAAAUUCUCGCAACAUUAAUUAAAACCCAAUAAUACCUAUAACAAUAAUUACUAUGAGAGUAAUAAUUAUAAAAAUAGUAAUUACACCGUUAUAUAUUUAAUAAUAGCAGUAAUAAUUAGGGAUCUACGGAGUGAUGAUGUGGCAAGCUUGUCUAGCCAAUAUAAUUGUUCGUUUUGUGUGGCGGAAGAUCAUCACCUGAGCGGGGUAUUCGCAGCAACUAUGCGAGUACAGCUUUUGCUGACUAGUCUUAUAGGCUGAAUAGUAAGUAAUACUAAUGAUGUAGGAUGCGGCAGUCUGUGGCGCUAAUGGACCCGAUGACCGUACUCUGUGUUCAUGUUGAAAGGUAAAUGAUGUCAUUGAAGACGACCCAAGCAGCGACUGACGAGGUUAGCGUGUAGUAUCCUCGAAAUAGUCGAGGUUAAUUGAACAUCAAUUAUACAAAUGAUGCUGGCUAACAUGAUUUAUUAUCCGGAGCGAUUUGCUUAUGCCAAACGGACGAACUUCCGUCCUUUGGAGGACUCCGUGUUAUCCUUAAGGGACAUCGCGCCCACGACCUGCCUUCUGCUCGACUGUACAACACACUUCCCAACCUGACAAAUAAAAAAAAAAGAAAGCCCAGCAAAAAGAGUUAUCAUGAUAUCAUACCUCAAUUGGCUUAAGACACAGAUCGCCUAGAAUGGAAGUGUUUAAGGUUGAAAUUUUAGGAUCUGAAGGUCUUUUCCGCUAAGGGGAGAAAUGUUUGAGAUUCAAACGGUGUUACUCUCCGACUUUAUUGACGUGAAAACCCCUGAAACGUUUUGACAAAUAAGGUUAAGCAUUGGUGUAGAUUACAUUAUACAGCAAGGGAGCGGAACAGGAUGGGAGGGCAAACCGACUGGCCAUUAUGAAGGGGGCAAUUAAUUAUGUGCGAUUUUUCGCCGCAUUCGUGUGCUGCACUUUCGGGCAGAAUUUGACAGGUCCAAUCGAACGCGAGGUCCGAAGAAGCGGAUGUGACCGUGCGCGUUAUAGACAUAGUUACGAAGCGUUUAAGCGGCUCUCCCGGAUUACUGUAUAUUCCGUUCACCGAUUAGGCAACUGUUAUUUGGGAAUUAUAUCGUUUACGGUUGUUGUUUCCUUGGUGUGGUGAUGCAACCUUGAAACUCUGCUAUGGCGGAGACAUUAUCUACGCGAACGAAAAGUCAUGAGUAUACAUUACAUAAUUAUUAUAUGUAAUCAAUAUAGAACAGGCCAAGUGUGGCUUGUCGAAUAGGAAAACACAAUAAAACGGUAAGGAGGCAUAAUGAGAGUUUAAUAUAUCUACAUAGAUACAUACAUGCAUACAUACAUACAUACAUACAUACAUUCAUACAUACAUACAUACAUACAUACAUACUAGGACAAGGCAGGCUUGCAUGCAAGCAGGCAAACGGGAGAAUAACAAUGAUUAUGAUAAUACUAACAAGUAUAACAAGCUGAAGGCAGAAGCUAAGGAUCUUGAUUGAUGAGACAAAAUAUAAUGGCUAGAGGAUAUGAAAUAAUUUGGAAUUGAAUGAAAAAAGCUUUACACUCAGAGGCACCAUAAUUAUAACAUUACUAAUUUCUAUAAACCGCAAGGAACGCAUUUAUACGACGACGAUGAUGACGUAAGAGUAAUAGUCAGUAUAAUGGAACUGCCGGCUGAUCGAUGGAUAACAAUAAUACUGCGGAUUCAAGUGAUGCCCCUGAUUGAUUGAUAGAUAAUAAUUAUGUCAACUACAUAUAAUGUACUAUCCAUACUCACUACGUGCAUACUAUAUAGUAACAAGAGAAAACUAUUAUAAUUACUAUUAAGACACGUAGAAUAAGACAUAGAGAACGACACCAAUAUACAGUAAUUACAUAAUCGCGUUCAAUUCCUAGCAGCAGCAGCAGCAGCAGCAGCAACGAUAACAAUAACAAGAACAAUAAUAGCAGCAGCAGCAGCAGCAAUGACAACAAUAAACACAGCAACAAAUUGAUUGGUUCGCCCGCUGAGUUCGAAUCGGCCUUCGAUAUUCGACGUUGUGGCGAUGUUCUGUAGUUCGAGGCAGCAUAGGCCGAUACUUACGAACUUCAAAACGGGCCUCAAGAGUCAGUGACGACCCGCAAGAAUAUAUAUAAUAAGGAUAGACAACAAAAUGGAAAACAACUAAAGAAGCCAGGCAAUUUAGUCGAACAAAUACUGCUAACAAAUAUUAGCAAGCCCAACAAGGGGUAUCUAGCUAGCUAUUGACGGACGAUCAAGCAUCGCGGUAGCUAGUGCCACCCUCACGACACAUGCAGCUAUUUGUUUGGCUUUACAUUUACAUACGUUUCUCUGUGAAGUAAUGCGCGUCUUUGAUCAGGGGCUUGCAAUGGCACCUUGCCACUUCUAACAACAUAUAUUGAGCGCUAUGUUAUCAAUAGUAAAACAGGUCGUUUAGUUGUUAGUGUUUAAGAACCAACGCGGAUAAUUGCAAUCGAAAUGAAGUCCUGGUCGAUCAGCUGCAGCCACUAGGCCAAAACAGGUACGAGCAGACUCUUCAUUUAUUGCUGCACGAAUGAAUCCUACGAAUAACAUAAUGAUGAUAAUCAUAGAAAUGAUAAAAUAUAUUACCAGCAAUGGGGCAUGAUGACAGAUGACAGAUCUGUCGACAUUGUUUUAUCAAUAGAGCCGAUUUACCAGUAGAACUUUCAAAAUAGAUUAGGAAUCAUAGAUAAAGUAAAACAAAUGACGUGUUCAUAAGCACGCGGACACCCACGCGUAAAUCUUUUGCAGUUGCGAAAUAUUUUCUGGGGAAUUAUAGUCGCAUCGCAGUGUAAAAGGAUAAUGGCUACACUUAGCAAUAAUCCAACAUGGCGGUACGUUGAUUUCUAUAAGUAAAAUCUCAAGUUCGCAGCCAGUACGGACUAUGAGUAGCGAAGAAAGGAUAUCUUUUUGGAUCGAAUAACUGCAGUUUGUAUUAUAUCAGAAUAUUAGGUUAAAAUGAUGCCAGACACCAGCAGAGGAAAGCCUUUGUUUCUCAGUCCGAUACAAACAUGUUCGUUGAGUUAUACCAACAUUUGCUUAUAUGAGAGUGAUUUUCAAAAGGGCAGCAGAACAGUCAGUGGUAUUCUAAUGCUUACGAAGAACUAGUACCAUUCCGACCUAUGGGCCGUCUUGGAACGGUCAUACACUUCCCUUCUAUCGAUCUCUUUUACCUUCUUCAGAGUCAAUCAAGUACGUUGGUAAUAACUAAAUGACAAACAUGACUAAGAUAGAUUCUUGAAUUUUUUCUUCGAUUUGUCAUCGUGUGCCAUGUCGACAGCCGAAUAAACAUCACACAUCUACAAACACACAAACAUGCCGUUGUUUACAUGCUUUAUUUAGAACGUUAACGACAGAUACAGACAAUGAACUAAUUGCAAGUAUAGGUUGCGAGUUAGGCGGAAAUUUUGACACUAACGAUACUAGCGAAGGCGAAAGAGUCGGCGCUUUUGUACCGUACACUUUCCGAACAGCGUCGCGUUACGCGGCCGACUUCUGACAGCGGACGGGUCGGAAGAGAUCAGGCAACUGCCGAUUUAUGACGCAGCUGAAGAAAACGCAACACGAACUUUACUUUUAGUAGUGAAAAACCUCCUACGGAUCUUCCCAGCGAGACGCUACUCUCUUUAAAUGGUCGUCUUGUUAUUUCAUUUGAAAACACAUUGACAUCUAUGUAUAAUUAUUUCGCCUGCGCGUAUGUGUGUGUGUGUGUGUGUGUGCUACAUAAAAGGGAAAACUCAUUAUUUCUGUCUGUCUCUGUCCGGUGUUCUGUUGAGUCGUUCUUAUCUCCCUCAUUGUCAGCCUCACCUACGCCUUGCCGAGGCUCUUUUGCGCCUUAAAACCUAGACCGAUUUCUGCUUCCCAUGUUGGUCCUUCGAAUUCGAAUCGACGUUAUUGUGAGCAGUUACACUACUGCCUUCUUCACUGUCUGAACGCUGCCACAUUGAUUGUACAACAGUGAAAUGCUUGCCUGAUCGAAUUCAAUUUUUCCGCCUGUCUAACUUGACCCACAAGCUCGUCGACGAGGGAUAAUUAACGCCAUUCUUGCUACAUACGAUGUUCGUACUAUAGGAAAUCCGCCAGACAAACAGAUACACACAGACACAGCCCACAGCCCGUGACCGCUGUCCUCGCAGCUCUCGACGUUAUGUACCCGCUUCCAGAGUUCGGUGUUGUCAGAUCUUCGUUGUCUAAAUGUGAUGAUCCUUGUCGAGACUGUCUCUCUCCCCUGAAACGUACCUGAAAACGAAACUUACUAAUUUAGCAAGCACGAAAUAAAGCUGGAUUGAUGGGAGCGGUCUACAUAUAAACCCGCCCCCGGAGCGCUGUGUCGUCAAGAACGAAUGAAUGCAUUAAAGGAUGGGACUAGAAUAAGGUGGAGCGGCAAUUAUGGCAACUUGGAAAAUGGAUGCUGAUGAUAAUGAUUGUAAUGAUUACGGGGGCAACGAUGAGACCGAAUUGAAUAGAGAACGUGAGCGUCUUCAAAGAGAACCUAGAGCAACAGAAAUGUAAGGAAGGGAUUCGGGAGCAUACGGGCGCCUCAAUCGGAGCAACUAGUUCAAUCAUGGUGUAUAAUGGUGAUCAUACCGUCAAGAUUGGUCACGGAGAGAAGUGCGUAGGUGGCGCAAUAGCUAGAAAACGUGCGUUGCAAUUAAUAUGUACAUGACAUACAGCCGAAAUGAAAUGAAUGAAGAGACCAUCAACAAGAGCUAGCAAGUGAAAUUAGUCGAAAUCUGUCGUUGGCUCAAUUAUUUUCUCCUAUACUAACUAAGUAGAGUUAAUAGACGAAGCGCUAAAAUUCCCGGUCAGUUCCAAUUGGAUAACGCGAGAUGGUUCUUAAUAUCGUCGUGGCUUGACGAGAAAAUGGUAAUAUGAAACAAUCAUGCCCAGCCCACUUUGGUACGCCGAGGACUGCUCUAUCGAUUACUGUAAAGCAAUGGCACCUGUUUUAUUUCAAUUAUAUACUUAAAUCCUUGGAAGCUGAACUGAAAACUAUUUACUAUUGACAGUCCACUUGCUACAACACUUUGGAACAGAUAUAUCAGUUAGUAUGAGAAACUGAUGUAAACCAACAUAGAAAUCACAGCUAUGUUCGCAGUUAAGGUUCGACGCAAGGCCACGGUAUGAUGGCGGAUAAAGUAGCGGAUGUGAGAAAUCUAAGUGCUAUAUAAAUUUACCUUAUUGGCAGUUUCGAGAAUAGAUCAAACAGUGAUGGAGUCCUUUGCCGAGGCGCCCGUGGUAGGCAGGGUCUCCGGAAAAAUGGAAGUGUACCACGGAAGUACAUUGCAAACGGGAUAGGAGCUUUGAGAGGAAUCGCUGGAUUGACGGCCCUAAUACCGGAACGAAAUAAAGCUGUAGCUAUUAAAGUAAACGUGAC